CGGAAGUGCGUCACUUGAAGUCUGCGUUAUGUUUGUUUGGGUUCCGGUGUAAGGCGGAAGCGCUCCGGGUGUCGCUCUGCGGUCCGGAUUCAUCAUCAGAGACACACAGAGUCCAACUUCACCCCGAGACAAACUGGCCCGGCCGAUACCCCCAAUCAUGCCCGCCCUGUUGGAGAGGCCCAAGCUGUCAAAUGCAAUGGCACGCGCUCUACACAAACACAUCAUGAGGGAGAGAGAGAGGAAACGACAGGAGGAGGAAGAGGUGGAUAAAAUGAUGGAGCAGAAGCUGAAAGAGGAAGAGGAGAGGAAGAGAAAGAAGGAGAUGGAGGAAAGGAUGUCUUUAGAGGAAACCAAAGAGCAGAUAAUGAAGAUGGGGGAGAAGCUGCAGGGUUUGCAGGAGGAGAAACACCAACUGUUUCUGCAACUGAAAAAAGUUCUGCAUGAGGAGGAGAAACGGCGCAGAAAAGAGCAGAGUGACAUGACUACACUGACUUCUGCUACAUAUCAGCCCAACAUGGCCAUCCACUCAGGACAGCACCUUCUCAGCAUGCAGCAGAGGUCUGUCUCUCAUGCUCGCUCUGCAGUUCUGUUAGGAGAGCGCAACAAGCAGCUUUUCCAGCCUCCUGUCAUUUCUAGUCGUCCUUUUCCGUCUCAGCCUGGUUUUGGUACUGUUGUUUCUGAGCAUGCUCAGUUUGGAGUUCAGGCAGCUCAUGGGUCUUUCGGGGUCACACAGCCUCAGCAUGCCCCAGCCUUUAACCCCAGCCAAUCAUCACCUGCCACCUUCAGCAGCCCUGCCCACAUCAGAGGUGCAUCAGCAUUCCAGGCCAUGCAGUACUUGCCUCAUCAGCAGGGAGGUUACACUGUACACACUCACUUCACCUCGCAGCCAGGCUUUCUCCCCAAUGCUGGGAUCCCCCUACAGAAGCAGUUGGAACAUGCCAACCAGCAGUCAGGCUUCACUGACUCGAGUGUAUUGAGGCCCAUGCAUUCCCAGACUCUCCAUCCCAGUGCUGCAGGUUUGCUGCCCACACCCACCAUUGCUGUGCAGAUCCCUCACACCAAGGCCGGUUUGCCGUACACUCCCCCAUCCCGACCUGCAUCACCUGGAUCAUUCACACAGCAUGCGGCUACAUUUCAGAGCUCAUCCCAGGCUCCACGACACUACCUCUCUCACAGCCAAUCAGGACAGAGGUUUUAUCACCAUGGCAAAUAAUCAGCCAAUCUGGUGCUGCACGUAGACGACUCGAUUCGGUCCAGAUCGUUCACAUUGUCGCCUCCAAAACCCCCUCAUCUCUCACACACACACACACACACACACACACACACACACACA